AAAUUGCCGUACACUGCAGAAAAGUGGUUUUUAUAAGGAUCAGAAAAAGUUGUGUUUUCUGUUAACUAAAUUAAAAGUUAUAGCUCAGGCUAUUUUAUAUUUUCAAAAAGAUUUUAUAACAUUAAUCUGCUGCUUUAUAUCUGGUGUUUUAUACUGAAAGCCAUCAUUAUUAAGUCAAAUAGAAAAGAUAAAGGUGCUUAUAUUUCCUGUCAAGUAGUUUUUGCAGUUUCUGUUUUUUUACUCUUUAUAUCACAUUGUUUAAAUUCGUCAUGGAAAUUACAAGGUGGAAAUUGUUUGGCAUAAAAACACUGGAUUUUUUUAUUUGGCCAUUUUUCAUUUUUCAGAUUUAGAAAAAAUGCCUGUUGCUUCCCAGAAUGGAUUGGAUCCUCUUCUGAUCUUUGUUUCUCAGCAUAAAAACCAGUUGGAGUCGGGGGGUGUUCCUAAACAUCUAUGGAACGCCCUUUUUUCCAAGAUCUCAAAUGGAGUAUUUGAUGCCGGAGAUGCUUUUGCCCUAUUGAGUAUUGAAUAUGAAAAAGGAGAUUGGAAGGAAGGAAAUCCUAGGUGGAAAGUCGUUAGCAAGGUAGAGAUGGAUACAAACAGCCCAGAUCAUAUUUAUCUAGUUGAUCAUUCUUGGACCUACAGAACAGAGAAUGCACGUAAAAACCUGGAGGAGAUCCCAGGAUUGGUUACAAGAAUGUCAGCACUAAUGGAUCUAAAAAUGGAUGUAGAUGAAGAUGAACUGCCAGCAAAAGACAUGAUUGAAAAGAUUAUGGUAGAGAAAUGGAAAUACAGCCAAACAUACAGUAUUGCUAGCGCCGAGAAUGUUGAAGAAAGGCAGCCUUUAUGGUAUGUUCUUGAUGAGUUUGGUUCCAGAAUUCAGCAUUCAAACUUUCCAUCCUUCCGGCUUGUGCCUUUUUUAUAUCUUGGGGACGGAUGUGGAUACUCACUUCUCUUUCCUAUUAAAGCUAUAGCUCAAGGUUCUGAGGUAACGCGGGAUUAUGUUGAGAGUUUAGAAGCAGAAGACUCAAUGACUAGGAAUUGUUUACUUGCGGCCUGGUUUACAUUUGAUGUUUCAAAUGAGGAUUCCACACAGAUAGAACCAGAUAAAUCAUUCUUUAUGUCCGGCCGAGAGUUGGAAACCCUUCCGGAUCCUUCAACUCCAGUCUCUACCCUUCCUAAAGAUCGGAAAAUUAAGGUAUAUGCCGAGUAUGAGCACAUCAGAUCCAACCUGACCGACUCAAGAUUGGAGUUGACGGACAACAUGGCUGAAGCUGAUAUACUCUGGUUAUCCUCACAUUUCAAGGAUUACGAGAACUUCAGUUUGGAGUUUCCUGAGAAGAAAAUAAACCAGUUUCCUUUCGAGAACGUGAUUACAAUUAAAGAUCUGCUUUGCGUUGUGUCAAGACGGAUCCAAGAUGUCAACAGUGAAGGUCAUGGCCCCAAUUGGCUUCCAGUCACGUUUAACCUGAAAACAGAAUUAAAGGAGUUCCUAAGCUACUUCCAGAAACGAGAAAAAGAUGGUUUGGAUAAUCAUUGGAUCAUUAAACCCUGGAACCUAGCAAGAGGUCUGGACACUCAAGUCUCAAGUAAUCUUUCCCAUAUUCUUCGUUUACCGUUCUCCGGUCCUAAGAUUGCACAAAAGUAUCUGGAGGAUCCUGUACUAUUUCACCGACCAGAGCUGGGGGAAGUCAAAUUCGACAUCAGAUAUAUCAUACUUUUGAAAUCUGUACAACCUUUACAGGUGUACGCUUACAACCGGUUCUGGCUGAGAUUUGCCAAUAUACCAUUUGAUCUCAGUGAAUUAGAUAUUUACGAGAAGCACUUCACCGUGAUGAACUACACUCCAGUUCAACUUAAACAAAUGUACUGCCAGGAUUUCAUAUUGGAGUUCGAGAAACAGAACUCAGGUUUUGCUUGGGACACGGUUCAGCAGGAUAUAUUCAAAAUGAUCAAAGGUGUAUUUGAGGGGGCUACAGCUUUACCCCCACCUUGUGGUUUAGGAGCAAGUCCGCAGUCUGGGGCUAUGUACGCAACGGACUUAAUGCUCUCCUGGGAUAAAGACAAAGAUGGGAACAAGAUCUUGGUUCCAAAAAUGCUCGAGUUCAAUUGGUCUCCUGACUGUGAGCGUGCCUGUCAGUACUAUCCGGAAUUCUUCAACAACGUCUUUUCCACUCUGUUCCUGGAUCAACCAGAAGGACAAAAUGUAACAGCAAUCUGAGCCUCUACAGAAAAAAUGUUUUUAUGAUGAACAUUGAAGUUUUUUUUCAAACGUUUUACAAUAUACGUUGUUUUAAUAAACUAUUUUUUACGUGGAAGCUAGUCAUUACAUUUCUGAUUUGA